CUGGUUAUCGCCAUCUGAUGUAGAAAACCCGUUCGGAGAAACUUGAUACGGUGCGGGAUAUGAUCUUCAUAUUUGGAUUAGAGGCCUGAAGGAGGUCUGGCAUCCCUCGCUUCUGUCUCUACUCCGUAGCUAAAACUGCCCUGCACCGUCUGCUGAUCCAGCCAUUGAAGCGACCACAUUACGAGUACUCGAUUGGUUGACGGUCCCGAGGCGAGCGAGCUGUCAAUUCCAGUGCCUGGGACUUUACCGGCUGCCGCUCUGUACUACUGUGCAUUGCCUUUAACUCUCGGUGGCCCAUACCUGACGAGUCACUUUCGCGGCUAUCGCAAUACCAGUUCUUCGAUGGCACCUUUAUGAACCUACCGCCAGCUUGGAGAUGGUAUCUUGAUAAUAGCUGACCAUGUUUUCUUCGACGGGCACCAAAAGGCCUAACGAUGAUAAAGUCUCAGCCCUUCCAAGUUCGGACGGUACGAGAAUUGAGAGAGUAUUUCCCAUUCGGAUACAGGUUCAAUGUAAGCUCUCCCGGUGGUGGAUUUGGAUAUUUUGUUGUUUGUCGACUAAAUGUUUAUUCAGCUACGCUAGAGAACGCUCCGCAACCGGCCUCGACGAAACCUCAAUCAUCCUGUGGCGAAGAAACGGAUUCCCCAGACCCAGAGACCUUGAUAACAGUGGCGGAGACGGCCAAUACAUUCGAGUCCCAGUAUGUUGCUACAGAUACUGAAAAUACAGUCACGACGUCCGGAAAAUUCUUCCUUACAAAUAGGUUCAGCUAUUUUCAAGAAAAGAAAGACAAGAAAGCAACCGGUUCCGAAAGUGCUAGCGACAUAGAGAGCACAUCAGGGAAAGAAGGGGAACACCCCAAGCCUUCAUCAACUACUAGUGAGAAGAUAUAUCGGUGCGAGGACGAGCCUAUUCAUAUUCCUGGAGCAAUCCAGAAUUUUGGUGCCCUGAUUGCGAUCCGAGAGAACCCAGAUGGUGUUUUCAUCGUUCGCAUUGUCAGUGAGAAUUCGGAGCAGGUCACCGGCCUAGAUCCAGAGGCCCUUUUUGAUCUUCGCUGCUUUACCGAUAUACUAUUCCACGAUGAUAAAACGGAGUUUGUCCAGCGGGCCAGAUCAUUACGGACUCGUCAACCGGAAGAGACAGCGAGGACCAACCCAGAUGUUUUCACCAUUUCCCUUACUAGUUUACUUGGAGCUCCUGAACCAGUUUUCUGCGCGAUACACUGUAAUGCGGGCUCAGAUCUCAUUAUAUGCGAAUUUGAACCGAAGAACGAUGUCUUUCAAGCCAUUGCCCCUGGUCUUCCCACAAACCCAAUUCCAAUAACUGAUGACCAAGCUGCGGAACCAGAAGUAAUCCAACCAAACUUGCUUAAAAGCAAACCUCUCCGAAUCAACAGGGAGAGUGGAAGACAGCUCGGGUCAAUGGAAUUGUUCCACAUACUCUGCGAAGUGCAGACACAAUUGGCCCAAGCUACAACGCUACAAUCUUUGCUGGAUGUUACAGUUGGCUUGGUAUACGAGCUGACAGGGUUUGACCGGGUUAUGGUGUAUCAAUUCGAUGAGACCAAAGCGUAGGGAAUGUCUGACAGCUUUGAGAACUUGGCUGACAUUAAUUAGUGGCUGUGUGGUAUCCGAAUACUUCAACGCGAAGGCUUCACGAGAUUCAUACCUCAACCUUCAUUUUCCUGCGUCUGAUAUUCCUAAGCAGGCUCGUGAUCUUUAUGUCGUUAACAAGAUUCGGGUUCUGUAUGACCGGGAAGAAGAAACUGCAAGGCUCAUGUGCAGGACCAAAGAAGAUGCUGAAACUCCGUUGGACCUCAAGCACUCGUAUCUACGAGCAAUGUCACCAAUCCAUCUUAAAUAUCUCCGAAAUAUGGGUGUAAGGUCAUGUAUGUCCAUUUCACUAAUGGUCGACAAUCAAUUAUGGGGGUUGAUAAGCUGCCACAAUUAUGGCCUUGGAAUGCGAGUAUCGUUACCUGUUAGAGAGCUAUGUAGGUCUUUAGGAGAAAAUUGUUCAGUCCAUAUCGAGAAGCUACUUUACGAGGCUCGGAUAAAGGUUCGGAAACCACUUACUGCGGCAUCAACAAGAGCAUCGCCAACUGCUUUUAUCGCUGCCUCCUCUUCAGACCUCUUGAACAUGUUCAACGCCGACUUUGGAUUUUUGGCGAUUAAAGGCGAGGCAAGAACGAUCGGCAAACUUUGUGCGUAUAACGAGGCUGUCGCCCUUCUUCAGUAUAUCCGUCAGAAAACGUUCACCGGAAUAUUCGCCACACAAAAUGUCAAGAAAGACUGUCCAGAUAUAGCGGCUGGAAUGAAGUUCCUUGUUCUUGUUGGAAUGCUCGUUGUGCCCUUGGCAUUGAACGGUGUAGACUUUCUCGUCUUUUUCCGAAAAACAAAGGAAAAGGAGAUUCUUUGGGCGGGGAAUCCGAAUGAGAAAAAGAUACGCCCCGGUACGGCUUACCUAGAGCCAAGGAGUUCGUUCCAGAGGUGGACCCAGCAGGUAAUAGGAACUAGUCGUGAAUGGACUGAAGAUCAAAGUAGGUCUCUUUUCUCUUUGGUCACAUCUUUCAUUCGCGGGCUAGUGGCCCUCUGAAGUGCGAUAGUGUUUUAGAAGACACGAUUGAGACCAUCAAACUACGUAAUAAAAUCCAACUUUCCUCUGCUAAGCAAUGUUAUCAUGAAUCAUGAGCUGAUCUCCCACAGUCGAAUCUGCCGCGGUCUUGAGCACACUUUACGGCAGAUUUAUUGAGGUAUGGAGACAGAAAGACUCGAUUUUUCGAAGAAACCGCAUGACCCGCCUUCUGAUUCGCAAUGCUGGACAUGAAGGUACGAUUUUUAAAUUGCCCCGAAUUGGUUCAGGUCACUAAAACGAAAUAGUACGAACGCCUUUGAAUAGCAUUAUCAAUUACUUAGAAGUUGCUCUCGAAGAGCCAUUAGAUGAGCGAGCACGACAACAUUUGUUUAGAUCAUUGCAAGCAUCAAAGGCAUUGGUCUUUGUGGUCAAUGAUCUUUUAAGCCUGACUGAGGUUGAAGAUAUAGACUUCAAAAUACACGAGGAUAAUGUCAAUUUGAGGAAGAUGAUUUCCGAACUUAUGGUAGCGUUCGGUGAUGAAUCGAAGCGACGCGGCAUGCCGAUCGAAUUUCACGACGACAAAGCGAUACCCAACGUUGUUCGGUGCGAUCCUGCAGGUCUCCGACAAGUUUUGCUCAACCUCCUGACCAACUCCUUUGAACAUGGUACCAAUAGUAAAGUCAUCAGUAUUGAGAUGAAAAAACUAGGCUCCACAGACGGUAACACAUUGGUGGAAAUAUCAUUUCAGGAUCAAGGAGCGGGUCUUUGCGAGCAAGAACUCGAUAGGAUCUUCCAGGAUCUUGAGCAAGUCCUGGACGAAGACGAAGCCUUUGAAGCAACCAAGGACGAGGAGGAAAAGGAAAAGGAAAAGGCUUCAGAAACACCCGCACCAAAAUACAUCGGUCUUGGUCUUGCAUUCACUGCAAGAUUUGUAAGGCUCAACCGUGGUCAGAUGAGCAUGUCCUCAGAGCUCGGCAAGGGUACACGGGUAUCAAUCAAAAUACCAUUUCGAAAUGCCCUUCAGGUUAAGACCGUGGGGCAAGGUUCAAUUGGAUUGUUAUCACCACCAACGCCACCGAGUGAGCUCGCAGGAAGGGACCCUCUUGCGAUACCUUGGCGAGAAUCACCAGAGGCACCAAGUUUUGGCCAAUUAACAUUACAAACAGUUCCUCCAAAGGUCAAAAGAGCAUCUUCAACUUCGCAAGUCACCGCGUCGAGCUCGCGAAGCAGCAGCGCUACCAUCAGUCCUACCAUGAGUCGCAAUCCAUUUCCGGAAUCAGGUGUGAAAUUGCCCAAGUUUCAUGUUUUGGUUGCGGAAGACAACCCGUUGAACAGUCGAUUAUUGGAAACGAGGCUAGUCAAGAGAGGGCAUACUGUAAAAGUUACGGUUGAUGGCCAAGCUUGUGCGGAUACGUUCCGGAGAAAUCCAGAGGCCUUUGAUGUUAUUCUUAUGGAUUUACAGGUAUGUUCAGCACCAUAUAAGUUAUUGUUCGACUAACCGAGUUAUUGUUCGACUAAUCGUUCUUUCCAAGAUGCCAUUGGUUGAUGGAGCCAAAUCAACACGUCUUAUCAGAGAAUUUGAGUCGGAGCAGAAACCAAAGAUAUCGAGUCGCGCUGCGACAUACGGUCGGGUUCCAAUUAUCGCGGUGUCUGCCUCUCUCACAGAGAACGCCUUGGACGAUUACUUGAAUAUCGGAUUCGACGGCUGGAUAUUGAAGCCCAUUGAUUUCCAAAGAUUGGAGGCAAUUCUGGCGGCCAUUCAAGACCACCAGGUUCGAGAAUUGCUAUUGUAUGGUCGCGAGAAGUGGGACCGAGGGGGGUGGUUCAAACCCAGAGCUUCAAAGGACUCCUUGCGAGAGUCACCCAAGGAAAGCGGGAAGUCGCAAAAGCGUUGA